AUGGCGGGCAACAGAGAAGAGCGGCCCGGGGGAAGGCUGCGAGCGAGGACGAGGCAGUCCGACAGGAUGGCAGGAGAGGAGGAGGAGGACCCUGUGCUGAGAGCAGGGAGGUUUUCGAGCCGAGCAGGAGUUCUUGGCAGAGAUACGGAGGACGGAGUCUCUUCUCUGCUCGACCUCCGAAGGCAGGCAGACGAGGUGUCCAGGAGGGCAGGCGGCAUGCGGAAGUCCGUGGUCGAUGCCAAGGUCGCCAUGGUUGCUCAGCGGCUGGCGUUCGAGCGGAGGCUGCAGGUGGGAGAGCAGGACGGCGCUGACCCGGUCACCAAGGCGAGGAGCAGCCAUGCAUGGGCGGAGAUCCCAACGGACCACCUCAAGUUCGGGAAGCUGGUGAAGGGAAGAAACGAGGUGGACGAGGAGGUUCUUGCUCUGAGGAGAGAGAUCGUGGAAGGCGAGCGGGAGUACCGCUCUCUCAUCGUGCAGAAGAGCAAGCUGGACCGCAUGGCGGCGGCGUUCACGUCCAGCCGGGUGAUCCAGGAACUCUCGUCCAAGGAGCUCAGCUACAACAUGACGGACGACAUGAAGAAGCUGCUCAAGUCCACCAACAGACUGAGGAGUCAGAUAUCCAUGCAGGGCGAGGCUGCUCCCGGUCUGAAGGUGCCUCAUCUCAGCUCCUACGGCAGCCCAACGGCGGCUGGGCCGAGAGGGUCGAGCAACAGCAGCGCGGUCAACAGGCAGAACAACGAGAGGCUGGAGUUGAGCCUGCUGAGGGACAAAGUUCAAACUCUUGAGUCGAAGAUAUCAGAAUUUGAGAACAACAUGUCGCUAGCAAGCAUACUGGACGAUUCAGAGGUGAAGCGAAUUGUUGACGAUUACUUACUGGAGGAACACUCGAUAUCAUACCAGCUCGAGGUUCGGACUGGGUCACAUGAAAAGUCGCAGACAGACUGUGAGGUGUAUGUUAGCCUGGCAGGAACGAUGGGCUUCAGCGAAAGGGAGAUGUUGUUCAACCCUCACUACGGCCAGACAAGCUUUGAGAAAGGAUCUGUGAGGUACUUCAUAAUAAGGACUUCGAAAGACCUUGGCGAGUUGCAGAAUAUGACCGUGUGGAUUGGAUCAGUUGGGGACAAGCCCUCAUGGUUCUUGGAAGACAUCAUCGUCUACAACCUCAAGACUGUGAGCGAUGUCUUUGUGUGUGGUGGUCAACUUUGGGGGCUGGGGAGAAGAGUAGGAGGGAGAUGA